AUCCGCAACAGCAACACGCGAGUCAUUUCUGGUCGUAAAUGCUUGUUUACAUGUUAUUAAAAAAUAUUUUAGAUUUUAAAAAGUUCGUGGAUGUUUAGAUCAACACUCACAGAUAUGGCUAACAGAUGCGCUGUUGUGCGUCAUAGUCUCGGUAGCAGGCGUAAUGCUCUAGUCAGCUUUUCUCGGACUUUUGCGGACUCCAAGGAAAAAAAGAGGGGAAAGACCCCAUUGGGCAAACUGGAUCAAACGCAAGCUGAAGAAACAGCCGAUAAAGAAAAACCUGAUCCUUAUGCUCCUUUUCCUGAUAAUCGGAAUCCCGUAACUGGGGAAGUCGGGGGACCUAGAGGUCCUGAACCUACUCGUUAUGGUGACUGGGAAAGAAAAGGAAGAGUUACGGAUUUUUAAAAAUAAUGCCUUCAUCUUCGUGAUCAGACAUUUCAAUGUAAUUUUUGCUUAGUACAUAAAAAAUAGUUUAUGCCAAAAAUAAUUAUUAUUUUUGUAUUUACUCUAUGCACCAUUUUUUUGUACAGUCAUUAAAUUAUUUAUAUUUGAAAGUGAA